AUGCGUUCGUUCACUUCUCUCUUCACUGCCACCUUGGCGGCCGUCGGCGCUCUUGCCGCCCCUGCUGCUGAGCCGCCCAUGACCACCGACCUCAUCAAGCGCGCGUCUACUCCCUCCAGCACCGGAACCAACAACGGCUACUACUACAGCUGGUGGACCGAUGGCGCCUCUCCCGUCACAUACACAAACGGUGCUGGCGGCUCUUAUAGCGUCCAGUGGCAGUCCGGCGGUAACUUCGUCGGCGGAAAGGGCUGGAAGACUGGUGGUGCCCGGACUAUCAAGUACUCCGGCAACUUUUCUCCCGUCAACAACGGAAACGCCUACCUGACUGUCUACGGCUGGACCAGAAACCCUCUUAUUGAGUACUACAUUGUCGAGAACCACGGCGGUUACAACCCCGGCAGCGCUGGUACCCUCAAGGGCCAGGUCACCGCCGAUGGCUCCGUCUACAAGCUCUACCAGGCCACCCGUGUCAAUGCUCCCUCCAUCGACGGCACCAAGACCUUCCAGCAGUACUGGGCCGUCCGCGAGAACAAGCGCAGCUCCGGCAGUGUUAACACCCAGACGUUCUUCGAUGCUUGGAAGAAGGCCGGCAUGAACCUCGGCACCCACGACUACAUGAUCAUGGCCACUGAGGGCUACAAGUCCGCCGGCUCCGCCAGCAUCACCGUCUCCUAA